GCGUUACAAGUUAAAACGACUAUUUGAAAGUGCACACUCCGAGGGAGAAGCUCGUAAAAUUGAAGUGCCAGAGUUGACCCCCAAAAAUUGGAAUAGGCUUUGUGACAUGUGGAUCAAUCCACAUCAUAAGAAACGAUGCGACAUAAACAAGGUCAAUAGAACUAAGCUUAAAUCUAAUCAUUUCAUGGGGUCAAAAGCGUUUGUAGCGGCUCGUGCUGAAAUGGGUGGGACUAAACCUAAAGGAGUAGAGCCUGAUAGAAUCGAGUUUUACAAGCAUACUCAUUACACUAGUGAAAAAGGAUGGUCUUCUCUAGAGGCUGAGACUCAUUAUAACAACAUGAUUGAUUUGAAAGAUAUAUAUACUUCGGGAGAGUCUUCCAUGACUAUUGAUGAAAUUGUGGAUACUGUUCUUUGUACAAAGUCGGGAUAUAUAAAAGGCCUUGGUUAUGGUCCAAAACCUAAUACUACAACAGCUACACAAAGGAGAACGGCUGAGUUAGAAGACUCUCUCGAAAAGGCGAAACAAGAAGCUGCUAGUGCCCAACAUGACUUACAGAAACGAUUAAAUGCAGCUGAAACUGAGGUAGAAAACCAACAGUCUCAGAUACAAGACAAGCAAUCUCAGAUUCAAGAACAACAGUCACAAAUAAAAGCAUUAAAUUCUCAGUUGGAGACUGUAGUAGCACGCUAA